AUGGCGGCCGUCAUGCCAGCGACACCGACGACGCCGAUGACAACGACGGUGCCCUUACCUGAAUACCAGGUGUCCGGCGCGGGCGCGGCCGUCCCGCGGCACGUCUCGGGCUCCGGUUCUGUGGGCGCGUUCUUCGGUGUGCUGGCCGCGGUGCUGGUGCUCACCGUGCUGUCCUGCGUCUUCGGCCGGGUGUGUGCAGCGCAGGCCGAGGGACCGGACGAAUCGUAUGACUGCACAAGGCUGGUCCGCCGGCGGUGGCGUGCGCCCCGGCAGCGUGUGCCGGCCGAGGCGGCGAAGCAGCUGGCUGCGCCGCAACUGCCGCUGCCUGAGCCGUGA